AUGGAUUCCAAUAUAUCAACAUAUUCAACUCUUCUUACCCUGGAACCACUGGGCAUAUCACCACUUCAUAUUUUACCAGUGUUCAUGUUUGGAAUGCUUACCUAUUGUGCUAUUUUGUUUUUUAAUAUUACAUUACUACUAACAAUUGUUCUGAAACAAAAACUGCAUAAACCAAUGCACAUACUGUUGUUAAACAUGGCUAUUAAUGACAUUACCGGUGCCUCUGCCCUUUUUCCACAGAUCAUGACAAGUAUGCUUUCACAGAAUACAUCAGUCACUUAUUCUGCAUGUUAUGUGCAAGCCUUCUUGAUACAUUUGUAUGGAACUGGAACAUUUCUUAUUCUAAUUGCGAUGGCUUAUGACAGAUAUAUUGCAAUUUGCUGCCCGUUAAAAUAUCACGCCUUGAUGUCCACAAAUAACUUGUUGAAAAUAAUAAUUACAGUGUGGACAAUAGAUUUUACAGUGAUUGGUUUACUACUUGGUCUGAGCUACCGUCAAGAGAUUUGUAGCACGAGAACAGUUGACCCUUUCUGUAAUAAUCCAAGUUUGUUGAAGCUAAUAUGUGGGGACAUAAGGAUGAAUAAUUACUAUGGUCUGUCUCUUACAGCUUUGCUACACAUUCUAACACUGUUCAUCAUGUUAUUCACAUACAUUCAAAUCCUAAUCACCUGUGUAUCUACCGGUAAAAGACAGUCUGAUGCAAAAAGCAAAGCAAUUCAAACAUGCGGUACACACCUAGUUGUUUACUUAUGUUUAGAAUUCAUUUCACUGUUUGCCAUAAUUUCACACAGAUUUCCUAAUGUAUCCCAGUCCAUAAGAGGCACAAUUGCCGCAUAUUUCAUGAUAUUUCCUCCUUUUCUUAAUCCUCUAAUAUAUGGUUUGAAAACAAAGGAAAUUCGACAGAACGGUACUGUCUUGUUCUGUACAAAGAUCUCUCAGUCAUAA